AGGUGGAGCAGCGGGAGGGAGGGACGGCCAACCCUUCCCACAGGCCUGGAGCCCAGGGAUUGGGGCGGCGGCAGCACCCGGCCGAGGGCAGGGGCUGAACCGGGAGGAGAAAUAGAUAAAUUAUUAAAACAAAAGAAAAAGAGAAAACCCCAGCACUGAUCUGGCCGGUCUGGUCGGCUCGAGCAGGAGGGGACAGGCAGGAAGCCUGAGGCCGAGGAAACUCCGAAGCUAAGGGAAAUGAUUUAGGAGUGACCCAUCCAGGCUGGAGUGAGCAGAGCUUGAGCAUCCUGCCACCCUGGUGAUCAUCUCUCAUCCUUUCUGCACGCGAAAUCCAGGCCCAGCCCGCCCUGUGGCAGAGGCAGGUGGACUUUGCCCCCCCCCGGAAGACGCUGCACACAGGGGUGCACGCAGGGCCCUCGGGGAUGCCGGCAGCGCCCGUCACCUGAGCACACCAUGGCAGACCUCUGCAGUGUGCCCCCCGAAAUCCUGGUCCCGGCUGCCAACGAGACGCUGGACCUGGCGCUGGGGAGUCGGGUCGUGCUGAACUGCACCGUGCGCUGGGCCGGGGCCGAGAGCUGCCGGCCCGUCCCUGCCUGGAGCAAGGAUGGGCAGUGGCUGGGCAAUGGGAGCAGCCAGGACACCGCCUGGUCUGCCCAAAACACCUCGGAGCAACUCCUGGCCACCGUCCUGCACCUCAACCUCACCCACGAUGACGACUUUGGGGUGUUUGCCUGCUGGCUCAGCAACGCCACAGCCACCUUCACCCUGCAGCGAGCGGAGACAGCGGGGCACGUGCCGGCGGUGCUGGCAGCCCUCCUGGUCCUGGCACUCCUGGUGCUCCUGGCUGUGCUCUACGUCCGGUGCCGCCUGAACAUGCUCCUCUGGUACCGGAACCGCUACGGCGAGCUGGAGAUCAACGACGGGAAGCUCUACGAUGCCUACGUCUCCCACGCCACCGCCCCCGACGACCGAAAGUUCGUCCACUUCAUCGUGAAGCCACAGCUGGAGAACCGCUACGGCUACAAGCUCUUCCUGGACGAGCAGAACAUCCUGCCCAACUCAGAGCCAUCAGCCGACCUGAUCAUGAACGUCAGCCGGUGCCGGCGCCUCAUCGUGGUCCUCUCCGUGGCGUACCUGGAGCAGGAUUGGUGCAACAGCAGCUUCAGGGAAGGGCUCUGGAGGCUGCUGGAGCUUUCCAGGAAACCCAUCUUCAUCGUCUUCGAGAGCCAGUACCGGGAGAUCACCCACCCUGCCAUCACCCUGCUGAAACAGCACCGGAGCACCGUGACCCUGCUGGUGUGGCGAUCCGGCUCCAUGACCCCGUCGUCGGACUUCUGGAAGGAGCUGUGCCUGGUCCUGCCACGCAAGGUGUCCUUCCAGGGGAGCGUGGGGGACCCGCAGACCCAGCUGCAGGAGGACAAGGACCCCAUGCUGAUCCUACACAGCAGCUACCUGGACAGCACAGGAGACCUUGACCCAGAUGGGGACCUUGGCACAGGCCUCCGAGGGCGCAUCUUCGGGAGCCCCCCACCGCCCCGCCUGGGCGCUCCCAGCACUCCGGCUGCCAGUGGGACAGAGGACGCGCAGCUCCGGGACGGCCACAGGCCCGAGAUCGACGUCUCGGACCUGGGAUCGCGCAACUACGGCGCCCGCACGGAUUUCUACUGCCUGGUGACAGAGGAUGACAUCUGAGCAGAGCCACGGGCCAGAGACACGGUGUUCCCUCUCCCUGUGGGGACACCCAGACCAAGUCAUGGCAGAGGAGCCCGGGCGUUACGACGGGACCAGAGCCACGGUCGUGGUGGGAGAGCAGGAGCUGGCUCUGCGGUGGAAAACCGUCCCCAGGAACACCCUGCCCCAGUACCUGGGUGCUGGGCCCCGUCCCUCGCCGUGGGCGGUAGGGACAUUCUUCCUGCGUGAUGGACAAGCGCUGGGAUGGGCGAUGCCCUCCAAGGAGCAACUGUGCCCCAGCCCCAGGGAGUGCCAGGCGGGAGUGGCGGCGGCACCUCUGCCCCACGGGAACCCCGUGGCAAUAAAAGGCUGCUGCACCCA